AAAUCUCCCCAGCCAAUCACAAAGGUUUAACUGGGCGACUUCUAUGCUACAGGGACGCAUGUCUCUGCUCGCAUAUGUGAUCCACAGGUAGUCACUCGUUUGUUUCCCAAGAAAGUUUGGAUCCUCGGAAGGAUUAUCCGAUAUGGGUUUGAUCGAAGUACUCAGGUCCAGCGAUUGGGAUCUGGAAUCGUACCCAGCAUAUGAGGAUUUCACUGUCCUUCCCUUCUUUGCUCUGUUUUUCCCCUCUGUUCGAUUUUUCCUCGAUAGAUUCAUCUUCGAGAAAAUGGCAAAUCAAUUGAUUUUUGGAAAGGGACAUGAGAUGCUGGAUGCUGAGGCAAGUGAGAAAAGAAAGAAGAUAAGAAAAUUUAAGGAGUCAGCAUGGAAAUGCAUUUAUUAUCUCUCAGCGGAGAUUCUUGCUUUAUAUGUAAUUUAUAAUGAGCCUUGGUUUACGAACACAAGAUGCUUUUGGGUAGGGCCGGGAGCUCAGGUUUGGCCUGACCAAAAAAUUAAGUUGAAAUUGAAGGGAUUGUACAUGUUUACUGCUGGCUUUUAUGCAUACUCCAUAUUUGCUUUGAUUUUCUGGGAAACAAGGCGUUCCGACUUUGGGGUGUCCAUGGGCCAUCAUGUUGCAACCUUCAUUCUUAUCGUGCUAUCUUACAUUUUUAGGUUUGCCCGUGUUGGUGCAGUUGUUUUGGCUCUUCAUGAUGCCAGUGAUGUCUUUCUGGAGGUAGGGAAGAUGUCCAAAUACAGCGGUGCUGAAAGGAUAGCUAGCUUUGCGUUUAUUAUAUUUGUUUUGUCCUGGAUCUUACUUCGCCUCUUGUACUAUCCAUUCUGGGUCCUUUGGAGUACUAGCUACGAAGUUAUCCUGACCUUGGACCAGGAAAAACAUCCAGUGGAUGGACCAAUUUAUUACUACGUGUUCAAUACUCUUCUAUUCUGCUUGCUUGUUCUUCAUAUUUAUUGGUGGGUGUUGAUGUACCGGAUGCUUGUUAAGCAAAUCCAAGCGAGAGGUCAGCUUGGUGACGAUGUUCGAUCUGAUUCUGAAGGUGAAGACGAGCAUGAAGACUGACCUAGGAACAAAAUCUAUGACCACUAUGUAAUGAUCAUGGGAUAGAGGAGAACUGGUAGCUUUACCUCUAUCCGUAUGAUCUUUUGGCUAAAUUGAGAUACUUUUUGAUCAGAGAACUUCCCUUUCCAUUAAAAGGGUUGUUUGUUGAUAUGAAGAUUGGAUAUGGAAGCGGUUAUAGGGUAGAAAUUGGUGAAAGGUUUUAUUCUUUAUCCGAGAUUGUACCUAUGCAACUUGCUGCCAUUAGUUCAAAUGCACUGGCUGAGAAAUGAUUGAUUGUACGAAAGUUGACAGUAGCUUGAAAGUCUAAUACUUAAUAUUGGAAGACUUGAUCCUGCUGGCAGUUGUGAAAUUUUAUUUAAGGCCUUUAAUUAUUGUUGAGCAACAUUGCUGUAACUGUAGUUCUCUACCUUAUUUUGGUCUGAUGGGUUAAUUUGACCGAGUUGCUUGGUUGGUGAUGUACUGUUUUUCCUUCACAUUAAUGCAGAAAACACUCUUUUUGAGUUGUA